UUUUUUGUUUUCAAGCAGUUUUAGCUUUUUUGUUCAUUUUUUCAAUGGUUUGCAUUUUAGGAAUUGAAGGAAGUGCAAAUAAGAUUGGCGUAGGCAUUGUUUGUGAUGGUGAAGUACUCAGCAAUCCUAGACGAACUUUUCAUGCUCCCCCUGGUGAAGGAUUUCGUCCAACCGAAACAGCAGUUCAUCAUCGACAGCAUGUUGUAUCACUUGUAAUUGAAGCUUUGAGAAUAGCGAAAAUUGAGAUUGAUGCAAUUGCUUACACAAAAGGACCAGGAAUGGGUGCGCCUCUGCAGGUUGGCGCUGUCGUUGCCCGUACACUUGCACAAUUAUGGAAAAAGCCUGUUAUUCCAGUCAAUCAUUGUGUUGGACAUAUUGAAAUGGGAAGAUUAAUUACUGGUGCUAAAAAUCCAGUUAUUCUUUAUGUUAGCGGUGGAAAUACACAGGUCAUUUCUUACUUAAAUCAAUGUUAUUGUAUUUUUGGAGAAACUUUGGAUAUUGCUGUUGGUAAUUGUCUUGAUCGUUUUGCUCGUAUUCUAAAACUUUCAAACGAACCUAGUCCUGGUUAUAAUAUUGAACAAUUGGCAAAAAAAGGUUCUCGCUUCUAUCAACUCCCUUAUGUUGUCAAAGGAAUGGAUAUUUCUUUGUCUGGAAUUCUUUCACAUAUUGAAAAAGAAGCUCCAAUACUUGUUAAAUCUGGAAAAUUUUCUGAUGCUGAUUUGUGUUUUUCUUUGCAGGAAACAGUUUUUGCAAUGUUAGUUGAAAUAACUGAACGUGCAAUGGCACAUUGUGGUUCAAAAGAAGUUUUAAUAGUUGGAGGUGUUGGAUGUAAUGAACGUUUACAACAAAUGAUGAAUAUAAUGGUUAAUGAAAGAAAAGCUAAAUUAUUUGCGACAGAUGAACGUUUUUGUAUUGAUAAUGGGGCUAUGAUUGCUCAGGCUGGCUGGGAAAUGUAUAAUUGUGGAAUGAAUGCACCCAUAAAAGAAUGUACAUAUACUCAAAGGUAUAGAACUGAUCAAGUUAAUGUUUUGUGGAGAGAAAAAUAA